AUGGAUAUAGAUGAUGUGAUUUGCAACUUGCGUGUUGUUGGUGUGCCAACCAAGAGUGCUAUAUACACAUGGGGAUAUAACCAGAGUGGCCAGACUGCACGCAAGGGCAAGGAGCGCCACCUGAGGAUCCCCAAGAGCCUACCUCCCAAACUAUUCACCUGUAGGGAUGGCGAGAACCUCAGAUGGAUCCAUAUUGCAUGUGGCCGUGCUCACACUGCUGCAGUCGUUUCUGACGGAUCACUCUUCACCUGGGGUUCAAAUGACUUUGGCCAGUUGGGAGAUGGGACAGAGGAGAGUGCAAAGGAACCUAAAAAAGUCAAUGCACUGGCAACUGAGUUUGUGAAAUCGGUGUCCUGUGGCGCACACUGUACAGCUGCUAUUGCUGAACCUCGAGAAAAUGAUGGCACAAUAUCGAGAAGCAGGUUAUGGGUUUGGGGACAAAAUCAGGGCUCAGAUUACCCUCGCCUAUACUGGGGUGCUUUUGCACCAAACACGGUAAUUCGGCAGGUUUCUUGUGGAGCUGUUCAUGUGGUGGCCCUAUCGGAUGAUGGCCUGCUGCAAGCAUGGGGCUACAAUGAGUAUGGUCAGCUUGGCAGAGGUUGUACUUCUGAAGGAGUGCAGGGAGCUCGUGUAUUAAAUGCUUAUGCAAGGUUCCUUGAUGACACACCUGAGCUAGUGAAGAUUGUUAGAGUAUCAUGUGGAGAGUACCAUGCAGCAGCUAUAUCAGAAAACGGGGAGGUGUAA